AAAAUUGAAAAGUGUUCUCGUUUUUUUUUAUCCGGGCGUGCCAGGCAAAAAGGCCAGACAGAGCAAGGCAAGGCAGCCAUGUAUGUCAACCCCCCUGUGAGCUCUGUGGCGACGGCGGCGGCAGCUGGCCAAACAGGCCAAGCCAGCCAGCCACUACACCUGCCAGCCAAGGGCAGCACACCAAAAACGCGGAGCACGGUGAACAUGUCGGUCGAUGAUGUGUUUGUGCCCCCCCCUGCCCAGCAGGUGCCUAGCACCUAGGUGGGUCCUACCUGCUCACUACGGCGUCGCGAGGCUUUUCGAGUCCCGAACGGCCGACGAAGGUCAAGCGCGCUCCUCCCUCUCCUCCAC